AUGCGUCGUCGACAUCAAAAAAUGAGAGAAAAUGUAUUAAAAUCGCAACAAUCAAGUGUUGAAAAAUUGGUUGGGAAUGCAUCAACUACAACAAAUAUUUUAACAACAAAAUUAUCUUUAAAAAGAAGAAAUCAUCCAAAUAAUGCAAGUACAGAUGCUGGUGAAGCCAACAAAAUUAGACAUGUUUCUCUUGGAAAUAGAAUAUCUGAUCCUGUACAUAUGGGUGGAGAUUCUUUGAUUCGUUCAUUAAUACAAAACCAAACAGAUGAAUGGUCAACAUUAAUAAAACGAAUAGAAAUUGAACAAUUUGAACAACGUAAAUUACAUACAAAGGAGGAAUAUGAACUUUUGAGGAGAAUAUUGACAGAAAGACAAAAACAACAACAAUUAGCAUUAAAAUCAAGAUUUGAAAUGGAAAAUAGAGAAUUGAAGCAAGCACAAACUAAAAAGAGUAUGGAAGAUAUUCGAGCAGUACAACAGGAUAAAGUAAUCAAAACUAAAGCUGAAAGGGAUAGAAGAAUAAAAGAAUUGAAUGAAAGAAAUUUGAAGCUUUUUAUGGAAGAAAGGAAAAGAUUAGCUACAAGAUGUAGACGGCAUGAAGAUCAAUUAGAGAAAAAACAUAACGAACAAUUGGAAUCUUUGGAGAAAGAAUCUAUUAGGGCAUUAGAAUUAGAAGAGAUGAGUCAUCGAGAAACCUUGUUAGCUUCACAACCUCAAUGUAUUGUUUGA